UCUACGAGCUACGGUGGCGAAAUAAAAUUCAACUCCCACACAACCCGCGCACUACUGCUGUUACGUAAUGACCUCUCAUCGCCGCUAUCGCCACCUAUCACCUUCUGUUUGCUAAGUAGCUAUCUGCAAGGGAAAGUGGGUGUAAAUGGAUAGAUGCGGACACCGACGCUAGCGAAAAAUAACUCGCCCGUCAAAGAAUUAGCCCCCUUAAAACCACAACCAUGUUCGGCCGUUCACGGAGCUGGGUUGGAGGACAGGGGAGAACGAAAAAUAUCCACUCCUUGGAUCAUUUGAAGUAUAUGUACCAUGUCUUGACCAAAAACACAACAGUCACAGACCACAACCGAAACCUACUGGUGGAGACCAUCCGGUCCAUCACAGAGAUCCUCAUCUGGGGGGACCAGAAUGACAGCUCUGUGUUUGACUUCUUUCUUGAGAAGAACAUGUUCGCCUUCUUCCUGAACAUCCUACGUCAGAAGUCCGGGCGCUACGUGUGUGUCCAGCUCCUCCAGACCCUCAACAUCCUGUUUGAGAACAUCAGCCAUGAAACCUCUCUCUAUUACCUCUUGUCGAACAACCAUGUGAACUCCAUCAUCGUCCACAAGUUUGACUUCUCGGACGAGGAGAUUAUGGCUUACUACAUCUCCUUCCUCAAGACCCUGUCACUGAAACUCAACAAUCACACAGUGCACUUCUUCUACAAUGAGCACACUAAUGACUUUGCCCUGUACACCGAGGCCAUUAAGUUUUUCAACCACCCUGAAAGCAUGGUCCGCAUCGCAGUCCGCACCAUCACACUCAACGUCUACAAAGUUUCAUUGGACAACCAGCACAUGCUGCACUACAUCCGAGAUAAGACAGCAGUGCCAUAUUUCAGCAACUUGGUCUGGUUUAUUGGCAGCCAUGUCAUCGAACUGGACAAGUGUGUGCAGACAGAUGAAGAGCAUAAGAACAGAGGGAAGUUAAGUGACCUGGUGGCGGAGCACCUUGACCACCUUCACUAUCUGAACGACAUCCUCACCAUCAACUGUGAAUUCCUUAACGACGUGCUGACCGACCACCUCCUCAACCGCCUGUUCCUUCCCCUCUACGUCUACUCUUUGGUCAUCCCUGAAACCUCUGAAGAGCGAAAGAUCAACCCUCAGGUGUCCCUCUACCUGCUGUCUCAAGUGUUUCUCAUCAUCCAUUAUCAGCCACUGGUCAACUCCCUGGCAGAAGUGAUUCUCAAUGGGGACCUAUCUGUCUUCACCCUGCCAACAGACAUGCACAGCACGCACAAGAACACGGCCAGUGCGGGAGGCGUGCGUCGGUUCACUAAGCCUCCAGAGUCCCUAGAACGCUCUCUGGAGCUGUCCCGCCACCGCGGCCGCAAGAGAACCCAGAAGAGGCCAAACUACAAAAACCUGGGCGAGGAGGAGGAUGACGAAAGAGCUGGCAGCGGGGGAGGAGGCGGCGGCAGCGGAGGAGGAGAGGAGGGCUGGGACGACGAUGGCAGGGCUGGAGAGGGAGGCCGAGAGAGGGAGAAGGGAAAAGGUACAGAGGGAGUAGGAGGAGGAGGAGGUGGGAGUUCUAAGGGAAGCAGAGCGAGUGGUGAGACAGCGGAAGAGAUUGAGAUGGUGGUGAUGGAGAAGUGUAAGGUGUCAGAGCUGACGGAGCAGAACAUCACUGAUGAAGAGAAGACUGCAGCAGCCACCCGCACACAUACGCAGAGGAGCAGACCGUUCUUAGACAUGGUGUACAGUGCCCUGGACUGCACCACUGAUGACUACCAUGCUCUGUUUGUCCUGUGCCUGCUCUAUGCUGUCUCUCACAGCAAAGGUAUAAACCGUGAUCUUCUUGAGCGGCUGCAGCUGCCAGUCCCAGAGCAGGAGAGGAGCUCCUACAGUUUGGUGCUGGCAGAGAGAUUGAUCAGAGUUAUGAGUCAGGCAGCACAGCCAGAUGGUAAAGUGCGUCUAGCUACCCUGGAGCUGAGCUGCCUUUUAUUAAAGCAGUCUGUGCUGUCUGGAAACCACUGUAUAAUCAAAGAUGUCCACCUGGCCUGCCUGGAGGGUGCCAGAGAAGAAAGUCUACAUUUACUGCGGAGAUUCUAUAAGGGUGAGGAGAUCUUUCUGGACAUGUUUGAAGAUGAAUACAGGAGCAUGACGAGUAAACCGCUCAAUGUAGAGUAUCUAAUGAUGGACGCCUCAAUACUGCUGCCACCCACGGGCACCCCGCUGACGGGCAUCGACUUUGUCAAGAGGCUGCCUUGUGGAGACGUGGAGAAAACACGCAGGGCAAUCCGCGUGUUCUUCAUGUUGCGGUCAUUAUCGCUCCAGCUGCAGGGAGAACCUGAGACACAGCUGCCUCUGACCAGACCUGAAGACCUAAUCAAGACUGAUGAUGUCUUAGACCUCAAUAACAGUGACCUAAUAGCUUGUAUGGUAGUCAGUAAAGAUGGCGGCCAGGCCCAAAGGUUCCUCGCUGUGGAUGUCUACCAGAUGAGUCUGGUCGAACCAGAAACCAAACGUCUCGGAUGGGGUGUAGUCAAGUUUGCUGGCCUAUUGCAAGACAUGCAGGUGUCCGGUGUUGAAGACGACAGCAGAGCGUUGAACAUCGUCAUCCAUAAGCCCAGCUCCAAUCCCCACGCCAAGCCCCUGCCCAUCCUGCAGGCCAACUUCAUCUUCGCCGACCACAUCCGCUGCAUCAUCGCCAAGCAGAGGCUGGCCAAAGGUCGCAUCCAGGCCCGGCGCAUGAAGAUGCAGAGGAUCGCAGCUCUGUUGGACCUGCCUGUGCAGCCCAGUGCGACGGAGGUGUUAGGUUUCGGUCAGACAACCAACGCUUCACCCAGCGGCCUGCCUUUCCGAUUCUACGAGCAGUCAAGACGGGCCCCCAACGACCCCACUGCAAACAGAUCAGUCUUUGCCUCCGUGGAUAAAGUACCAGGUUUUGCGGUGGCUCACUGUGUGUCGCAGCACAGUCCCUCUCCCCUCUCCUCCCCCUCGCCUCCCUCCAGUGGGAGUGGGAGCACAGGAAGAUGUGACUCUGUUACUGCAAGCACUAUAUCAGCUCAGAGCCCCACAGAUGAUGGCACGUUUUUGGAGCACACCCCUCCCUCCUCCUCGGGUGGAGAAGGUGAAGGAGGAGGAGGGGAGGUAACGCUGGUCUCCUCCGCUUUCUCGACCCCAGCUCCAGCUCAGGCCCUGGCCCCGAGCCUCACCCCGGCCUCCCAACCCACCAUCUCCCUCCUCACCGACAGCGACGCCGACGCCCUCAGCGUGGAGUCGCUCACGCUGCUGCCCCCUUCCGACUCGCCGCACCUGCACCCCUGCACCAGCCACAUUCCCGCAACCCUUCAGAGACCGGACGCCGCCAUCCCUGAAGAGGAAGAGGACAACGAUGUGGAGAAAGAGGGUGUUAGGAAAGAAGAAGAAAGGGAAGGGGAAGAGCUAAAAGAGGAGGAGCAGGAGGAGGAGGAGGUGUCUCCGACGGAUGACACGGAGACAGACGCAACGCUAAAAGAGGAAACCACAACGACGGAGUUGGUCACACCCACUGAGGAGGCACCAGAAGAAGCAGAGGAUAAAGAGUCUGUAGAUAAAGACACUCCUGCGGGGGAACAUGGAGACCUGUCCUCUGCCGCACUGCUGGAAGAAAGAGACGACUCAACAUCUGCAGAGUCUGUAGAGAAAACAGAAGAUACAGAGAUACACACUGAAACACCAGAAUCACCUGAGCUGGACUAAAAUUCAUUGCCCAUGCACUUAAAACUCAUCUCUCACACACACAUAUACAUGCAGAGGACAGUGAAGUAACGGUAGUUAAAACUAUCCAGCUUGGCUGCGGUAUAUUUUCAUGUUGCGACCUGUUGGUAGUGCGUGAUGUGUGAAUAGUCUAAGAGGCUUCUGGAGGCAUUCUCAACAUUUGUGUUUGCACAUGAAGAAAGACCCUUUUUACUCACAGAGGAAGAGACAGACAGACAGACAGAUGGUGCAACUCAUGGAAAGCUCAAAGCGCGUCUGGGUUCCCAUGCACUGGAGUGCGUGUGUAUGCAAGUGAUUUUUAGCACGCGCGUGUGUCAAGGCGCGCAACCAGCAACAUUUUUUUACUCAUUCUGAUUGAUGGUUUGUCAGCUCAGAGACACACGCACGCACGCUCCACAUGCUGCUGCUGCUGCUGCUGCUGCUGUGAGGUUUUAAAAGAUCUGUUCUAUUUUUGUGUCUUAUGUUCACAUAACAGUUCACCACUGCUGUUUUGUGGUGGUGGUCACUACUAUGCUAAACACACUCUCAUGCUGUCUCUCUCUCACACACACACGCACACACACACACACACACACACACACACAGUAAGUAAGCUGCACUAGCCUUUUAACUGCUGCAUGUCAGACCUGUUUGCAGUUACUGCCACAUAGAACUGCCAUUGGUUAGGCAUGUGUGUAUGGUUGUGUUUUCAGGGUGUGUGUUCUGUAUCUGAUUUAGUUCUUAUUCUUCCACAUGUAAAGUAAUGAUCCAUUCAUUUCCCAUUUACUAAUCAGUGUCUGUUUUUCUUUUUUUUUUAAUGUAUUAAAUGAUCUUGAGCACACUGUAAAACAUUCAUUUGAUGUUAACGUGAUGUUUUGCCUCCCACCCACCGGUAUCUCUGGCCAUCAUGUUCUCUUCUAAACAUGUGGAUGGAUGAAUGAUGAGUAAAAGAAGCUUUUCCGAUCACAAUCACAGCCAGCACAUAGUUGGUUACCAUCGCUUUUAAUGUUGAUCUCUUGGGCUGACAGUUUAGGACGGGAGUUGUUUGAGUGCAGCAUAUCAGUGCAUUUUAUUUUUUAAGAUAUGCACCGGGAAUCUACAAACUUUGACCUCAGCGGAUUGAUCACUUCCUUCCUUCCUGAAUCCAUGAAUCAAAGCCUGCAGUGAUGAGAAUAGAUCAUGUGAAAGAGCUGAAUGGUGCUGCAGUAGUAAUACAUAAUGCAUAGCAGUUGAGUGAGUAGUAGUAGUAGUAGGUCAGUCCAUGCAUUUAUUCAUUCAUUCUAUACAGUGAGAAUUUCAGCUUGUGGUAAUGCAGUGUACCACCUGCUAAAAAAAGUAUUUCAGAUUGUUUCAUAUGUUAAGAAAAUAGAUUAAAAAGUAAUUUCCUUGAUUAAAAGACAGUCUUGUAGAGCGAUACAGUUUAAUAGAGACAAAUGAUGUUAGACCUUUCAACUUCAGAGCUGAGUAACGUGUGUCUUUAGGUCUGCACAUCGCCAUAACAACACUGGGUUGAAUGUAUCUGCCGGUUGCCCUUCAGGCACUGACCUGGGCUCAGUAUUAUUCUCCAUGUACAUGAUAGAAGGGAUCAUAAAUGGAAACAUUUAAUGGUCACUUUUGCUGAGAAUUUGGCUCAGUUUUAGAGUGUGACUCAUUAUUCCUGGAAUAAUGACAGCAGCAGCAGCAGGUUCCCAGAGUUGCUUUAGAUAAGAACAAAAACAAAAAACACCAACAAGCUGUUUCUGAGAUCAUCGUCUAGGGCAAAACCUCCUCCUUCAAUCAGCUGAAUAAAGCUUUACUACUGCAAUAAUCCUAAGAGCUAAUCAGUGAGGGGAUGAGAUGAAUGUAAUGGACAACUUCUCUCUCCGACAGCUGUUGUUAUUUGAGCGACAUGAACGGAGUCUGUGUAUUUUCAUCCUUGAACUCACGAACUUGAUUUGUAAUUCUUAGUAACAAAGCACACUCAUUAAUUCUUCAGAACAUAGUUUUUUCCCUCUCUUAUUUACUUGUUCAUCUUAUAGUAUGCCCCUGUGUUCUAGCUCACUGUCUCAUUUCCUGUGCCAUUGUUAUCUUAAAGUCUUAAUGCUCGAUCAUUCUUAUUUUUAACUCUGUACAGUCGAGUUUGUUAAGGAGAAAUUCAGAGCAAUACUCUUUUCUUUCCUUUUUCUUUCUCUUUUGUUUUUUUUAAUCUGUCCUUUAGUGUUUCAAUCUUGCCACUGUAAAUAGCAGCAGAAUGAUAGUGAUGAAGAGGCUUGGCACAUUUGUAGAGAAGCCAGAGAUAGUUUGGAGGAACACACUGCCCCAUGUUAUCUCCCAACAGGCCGGCGUGUUACCUCUGACCACCUACCCGAACAUGCCAUGCCAUGCCAUGCCAUUGCCAAGCUUCCAUUAUUAAGUCUCUGAUUGUAGUGUGUGUGUGUGUGUGUGUAUGUAAUAUGUUUGUAUGCUCUGUAAAUGCUUUUGGCUUUUAAAAACAUGUAAUUAUUGUUAAUGAACUGAAACAGAGAAUUAAAUAAAGACUGCAAUAAAUUAUUCUAC